UACAGACCACUGAGCUAGAAUUAUAGCUCAGUGAUACAGACGUGUUUUGUUUUGGUGUUAACAUCAAUUUGACCUUUAGUUUAUUUAAUUAGUAAAAAACGUUUUAAUGUUUCGUAUUUGAAAUAGCUUGGUUGGCUGUAUUAGCCAUUUAUAAUGUUUCAGGUAAAGCCAGAAGAUGAAUGGAAAGAAAUGCAGCAACGCUUUAGAAAGGAAGGACUUGAUUUUGAAGCCCUGAAAGCAGAAGAUCGUCUAUUGCAAGUGUGGAGAUGGCUGGUAGAUGCAGAAAGUAACCUGAAGAACUCAAGGCGGAUGUUGGACAAAUUACAUGAACAGCAGAAUGAAGAAAUUGAAGAGAUGGAAAGCUACAUGGGACACAUCAGAGACAUGGCCGUCAAGAGAGCCGACAGCCUUCAGUUUGAGACAGUAGAGUUACGAACUCAAAUAGACAAUAUUUUAAAGCUGAUAGCUAAUGCUAAGUUGCCUCCUGGAUCGUUGGAUCAUCAGGUGUCUAAUCUGAUAACAGAAAAAAGUAGACUUGAAGAGGAGCUUGAUAUUCUGAAGAAGUUAAAAAUUUCCUCUAAUGGCAAUGGGUCUAGUGGUGAAAGUGAAUUGCUCAAUGAAAUUAUUAAAGUUUCUUCUGAGAAGGAAGUUCUCAAGCGGCAACUGUCAGAAAUGACGGAUAGAGUGGACAUUUUGGAGAAGGCGACAAAGCAAAUAGAACUUGACAAUGAGCGUUUGGCUUUCAAGCUGUCCGAAGCUCUGGCUGAGCUUGAAGAGAAGGAGGCGCAGAUGGGAGAGCAACCACUGUUAUGGCACAAUAUAAGGUCCAAUGAAUCAUCUCGCUCAAGUUUUAAUAAGAGGGACCUGCAGAGAACUUCUCUUGAGCCAAGUGAGCCUGAGACCAGAGAAGUGUCAACUCGUGAUCAGAGGGAGUCCCACCACAGUCUUGGGGCAGACUCUACCCCACCUAGUUUGCUUGUUAGUGAACUAGCAAGUUUUGGCUCUCCUCGUAAGCUUUCAAGUUUGCUUGACUCGUGUAAUGAACUUGCCAGGGCAGAAGAAGUCAAACGUUUACAGUCUGAAAACGACAGCAUUCGUUCUCAGCUCAUGCUUCUUGGAGAAAAGUAUAAUGCACUUGUUUUACGGCAUAUUCAAUACAAGUCCAAACAUAAGUUCACUGUUGAGGAGCUUAGGGGUCGGUUGGAUGCAGGGCAGUGCCAGGUACAGACUCUGCAAGCACAGUUGAGUGUUCAGAGACAAAGGCUUCGUGCUGAAGAAAUGUUCCGCAAGCAGGUGGAGACUGACUAUCGUCGACUUCAAGAGGAAAAAAGAAACAUUGCUUCAAGGUUGUUGAGUACAGAGGUCCAGUCAAGAGAGGAGGUUCGUGAAUUGGCAGUAUUGAGACGCAAGACACAAGCACUAGAGCAGAGCAAUGCUGAUCUCCUCAGCCGCAUGUUGAGAGCUCACUACAAGGACAAUCUGCCCAAGAGUCACACGUUGGAUGACAUCGGACCACACUUGUUCUCUAUGUGAAUACAUAAUAUACAGUAACACUGGCCAAGGCAUUGCACAAGUUUAUGGCAUUUUUUACCAAGUUCAUUUUAUACUGAAAGAAUAUAGAGUAUUUUCAAUUUGUUUAGGUUAAGGAUUGUUGAUAUGUAAUUAAAUAAUCAAGCCGUUUCAAGAGACCAAAUUCAAGUGUUUAUAGAACAUUAUUUUUCUCAACUGCUGCAAGAGGUUAAGUGAUAUGAAUAUUGAGACAGAUACAUAUUAGGCUACUGUAGAACACAUAACAAAGAGCAGUUGACUCUUGCUAUGAAAUAGGAAGUAGUCAUCGCAGUGUCAAGUUGUGAAGCAAAAAUUAUUUAUUAACUAUUGUAAAAAGAAUUUAAAUAUAUUUAAGUUGAGACAUAAUGCUGCUUAGGCUUAUAAUGCCGGAUAGAAAUAAUGUCACUUGGGCAUAAAAUGUCAGGCCAACCAAAAGACAAGUUGAUGUUCAGUCAAUGAUUAACAUUUCAAGAAACUGUGAUGUAUUACCGUUUCAUUGUGCCAACUUCAUGAUUGUACCAGUUGUAUUUUAUUUUAAUAUAACUAUUAAAUCCUUCCACUCAGUAUUACUGUGUAUGCAUUUUAUCAUACUAACUGCAAUACGUCCAUUGACUUUGUUCAAGAAAUACAAUUCUAUCAAACAUUUUUUACAAGCUAUUAAUUGUUGCUAUUGGAAUAUUAAAACUCUAU